UUUUGACGUUUCCUAUUGUUGCCGGAAGUGACGUUCGGGUUCUGAGCCUUAAAGAAGCAGCAUUUUCACCCCCGUUGUUUACGAUUCGCUAUAGAGUCCCUGUUUCUCGCUUCACAGCCUGAGCCACUCUGAGCAUCAAAACUAAACAAACUAUUAAUAUGGAACUUGGGAUCGGACUGGCCAUGCAGAAGGCUCUCAGCAGAGUCAUUCCCUUCAGGGGUCUGGACGAACAUGGUGUGGAAUCUGCGGCGAGGAAUCACGGAGCGCUGAGGAGCCGGCAGCUUUGAAGUUCUUGCCGCGGGGCUUGGCGGGCUUCGACCCACCGUUCCAAAUACAAACGGUCGGCGCGAGAGGCGCGCGUGGGGACAGGUGUCGGGCUGCAGGGACUGGUUGUUGGACGCUGGGCACCGACGGCUAUCUCUGGUUACAUGUCCUACCUCUCUUUCUCCCUGGUGUGCGGCGCCAGAGGCCUUCGGAGCCCGCUUCUUUGCUCGGCGGCUGCUGGAUCAGCCAUGAGCUAACAUCCAUGCCAAUCCUCCUCUUUUUGCUGAGGAAGACUGGCCCUGGGCUAACAUCUGUGCCCAUCUGCCUCCACUUUUAUAUGGGACGCCACCACAGCAUGGCCUGAUAAGCGGUGUAUUGGUGUGCGCCCAGGAUCUGGACCCGGGCCGCCAGCAGCGCAGCGCGUGCACUUAACUGCUACGCCAUGGCCCCGGCCCCUGUUCUGUUUUGUUUUUAAUGUUAAUGACUUCAUUUUAAAGGAGCUUCAUUCCCAGAGGAUUCAUUACUCAAGGUUAAAAAUUAGAUUAUUUCAAAAGCUGGAGCUGAAUCUAAUGUUAAAUGAUGGCAACAGGUGACUUAAAAAGAAGCUUACGGAACCUAGAACAGGUGCUUCGCUCGUUAAAUUAUCCUGAAGAGGUGGAUUGUGUAGGUUUGAUAAAAGGAGAUACAGCAGCAUCUUUGCCCAUCAUCAGCUAUUCCCUUACCUCAUAUUCACCUUAUGUAGCUGAACUUCUGAUGGAAUCCAAUAUAGAGCUCAUAGCAAAGAAUGACUUGCGCUUUAUAGAUACUGUCUAUAAGCUUCUUCGUGAUCAGUUUAACUAUAAACCAAUCUUGACGAAAAAGCAGUUUAUCCAAUGUGGAUUUGCAGAAUGGAAAAUCCAAAUUAUUUGUGAUAUUUUGAAUUGCGUGAUGAAAAAGCAUAAGGAGUUGAGUAGUCUUGAGAAGACUCCAUCACAACAAAGAAAAAAAAUCAAUUCUAUUAAAUCAGAACCUUCUUCAAGCAGUGAGAAGACAUCUACAGAUCCUGUUGGUAUUGACAUCACUGGAAGGUUUUUGACUUCAGGAAAGAAGAAAGCUGUGGUGAUCCGUCACCUGUAUGAUGAAGAUAGUGUUAACAUACCUGAAAAUGCGUUAAGUACAGUCACAGAUGUUAAUGAAGCAUUUGAUGUGUGCGACUUAAAGGCUACUGAAAUGAAGAUUCCUGAAGUAAAGGUCCCUGAAAUCAAGUCUGAUCAACAAGACAUAAAAGUUAAUCCUGAGAUUACUGCACUACAGACUCAGCUUGCUGAAUGCCAAGAAAAGCUUAAGAAACUGACUUGGAUAGAGAGUAGAUUAGACUCUUUGGAAGAAAAAAUGAAAGGAAAAGUGAUGGUAAAUGAAAAAGCCUGGACCAAUCUUCUAAGUCGUGUCACUCUUCUUGAAACAGAAAUGCUUUUGUCUAAAAAGAAUGAUGAAUAUAUAGAUUUUAAUGAAAUGAAUGAAGACUAUGCUUCUAGUAGUGACAUGGAUAUUCUGAAUCCUGAUAGAAAAAGCAAAGAGGAUAGGCAAGCAAGCAUCCCUUUGUCCUCUGGUUAUAGUACAGUAUCAUCGGAUUCAACUCCCAGAACCUCAACUGUUAACUACUCUGGUUUGAAAGACAUUUCAGAGGAAACAACAAUCCAGAAAAUGGAAAGGAUGAAAAAAAUGUUUGAAGAAACUGCAGAGUUACUGAAAUGUCCAAAUCACUAAUGAUAGGAUUUUCUGCAUGAACUUCUCUAGGACUUUAGCUACUGUAUGUGUUGUAUAUUCUAAGAAUUCUCUAUAAAUUGUAAUAUAUGGCAAUAUUUUUAGUAAGAAUUUGAAUUCCAUUUGGUAUAUGAGUUUUUUCCUUCAAUACUGAAUAAAUAUUUAAAUGUUUUGUGAUAUG